CACUCGCAGAUCACUCGUUGUGAUUGGUCGGACCAGCCUCAAAACCCCGCCUCUUUGUGGGCGGCUUAACCCAACCAGCCAGCUCUGCGUCCCGACCGUGAAUCAACCGACAACUGCGGAAUCGAUCCCAAAAGGAAUCGAAUAUUACCCGGUUAUCGAUACCGAACUGUAUUGAUUUGAGCGGCGGGGAUCGAGCGUCGGUGUAAUCAAUGGAAUUACGGAUCGAUUCCUCCGGCCGAACUUGAUGGCGUCCGUUGGCAACCGCGACCUCGUCCGCAUUGUAAUGAAGCCCGCGCGUGAGCUCCCCGCGUGAGCGGCGACUUCGCAGUCCCUUCACCUCGGCUGUCAGUGACACUGCGCUCGAUCAAGGGCUCACGGAUGGCGUACUUCCACGCAGAGCUGCGUCUCUGGACGAUGAAGAAUUCCUUCGCCGUUAAAGGUACCGACAUCGGCUGUUUCCACUAUCACGAGAAGGGCGAAGCAGUUCCCCCGACCAGCGAUUUCCUCUAUCUGGAGGACAAGCAGCGCUACGCCGAGAGUCGCAACUACACGUGGGUUCCCAAGAACAAGCGGCCGGAGAAACUGCGUGAAACUCUCAAGGACCUGGAGGAGCUGCUGCAAGGCAGCCGCUGCGUGGACACGCGAUGGAGGAGCAAGCAUUGCUGCCAGAUGCUAAUGAGCUCGGGCAUGCUGGUGACGCUGUUCCUGGUCGGUGCCGACCUCGACCGGGUUGUGAUUGACAAGGCCCUGGUGGGCCGCUUGCCUGCCGACACCAUCUGGAACGGUGUGCUGAUGGAUGCCUUCCUGCUGGCGACCUUCGUGGAGAAGGCCCGCCUGUCGUACGUGUCGCUUGGAGCAGCCGACCGCGACCGCAAGCAGGACAAGAUCUCCACCGCCGACAUCAAGGUGUCGUCCGUGGACCUGCCAGCCUUUGCUCUCGGCGCUGCUGCCACCCCCCCGGGUGGGCCCUCGCGGCGCGUGGAGUGGCACGUGUGCGUCAACGCGGCACAGGACCUGGCGGCGUGCUGGUGGGCUGGAGGUGGCGGCGGCGGUGGCGCUGGGCCCGGCGUCCAGGGAGCGUGCCCCUGGUCACCCGUCGCCACCGACUGGGACCGCGCCAAUCUCCUGCUGCUCUGCUGUGCCGCGGGCCGUCUAGAGGUGCUGAGCUGGGUGUGCACGGACGGGGAGCCCCUGGACGUGCGGUUCAGCUCGGGGCAACCGUACCAGCUGUGCACGGUGGAGCGGCCGUGGGGCAGCGCCACGGGGAGCGCCACGGCCGACGCGUGCCUCUACGAGUGCACGACCGCACGAGUCGGUACAGCGGGCGGAAGUGGCGGCUCGUGGCUGCGUCGCGUGUGCGUCACCACCGUGCCUUUGCCGGCGCCCGCCAUCUCCUGCAGCUGGGGCCCCGGGGGUCAGCACCGCCUGCUGCUGGGCUGCGCCGACUCGCAGGUGGUGCUGUACGACGCCAGCUGCCAGCUGAGCCUGGUGGCACAGGCGGAGGUGCGGCCGGAGAUGGUGGCCUGGCACCCGGCGGGCGGCGUGGUGGCGGUGGCGAGCUGCGAGCCGGCGCGCGUGCAGUGCCUGGACGCGGCGCUCACCCCGCUGAGCGCGCAGGCCGCGGCCGAGGAGCCCGCGCCAGUCGUCGCCAUCGACCUGUCUCAGUGGGUGCGCUCGCAAGGUGGGCUAGCCCGCCUCGAGUGGGCUGUGGCCGCCCCGUCGGCCCACGCGCCCGGCCGCCCCGAGCCAGCCGACUCGCUGUUCGUGCUGUUCUGCGCCGGCCCGCUGGGCGUCCUCGACUUCAAACCAGGCGUGCUGAGCGGCGGGCGGCUGGGCGUGGCGGAGCUGCUGCACGAGCACCUACGUCGGGGCCGCGCCGGCGCCGCCGUGGGCCUGCUGGCCAGCCUCAGCUGGGACUCGCACGGGCCCGAGUGCCUCGCAGGCCUCACCGCCGUCGCGGACCGCCUCCUGCGGCAGCCGCUCACCCCCGACGCGGAAGCCCUGCUGGAGUCGGCACUCGCCACGUUCUACGCCCCACGGCGCGCUGUGGCCGACUCGACGGUACUGGCGUACCGCGACGCGCUCUGCCACUACGCACGCCGCUUCUUCCACCACCUGCUCAGGUACCAGCAGUUUGAGAAGGCCUUCCUGCUCGCCAUCGACAUCGGCGCGCGGGACCUGUUCAUGGACAUCCACUUUGCAGCGGCGGCGCGGGGCGAGCUCGCGCUGGCGGCGGUGGCGAGGAGGAAGGCGGACGAGGUGGACGCAGACAGCAUCACUGCCGGCGUCGAGACUGUGGACCUGCUGGACAGGGCGGUGUGUGACGAGACGGGCCGCGCACUGCCAGCGCCACCGAGCGGCCGCGUGGAGCUUCCCGGGCUGACCAGGGCGGUUGCCGCGGAGAGGAGCCAGGCGGGACCUCGCCGCUACGACACGGGCGGCAGCCUGCGCAGCGGCGGCGGCGGCGGUGGCAGCGCCUCCGGCAAACACGGCCUGGAGCCGGCGGAGCCCAGCGUGAGCCGGAAAUGUUUGUCGCCCCCGCUCGCGCCCAGGCCCGUGGGGCGGAAGCUGGCGGCCGAGCUGUCGUGCGAGCCGUGCCUCCAGGCGUACGCCGCCGCUCUGCUGGAGGACCCCGCCGCGUGGGCACGUGCAGGAACGGCUGGCGUGGACGGGCAGGAGUUGGGAUCAGAGGUGAGCGUGGGAGGCCACGCCAUGGGGACCCUGCAGGUGGUGCACCUGGGCCUCGUCUGAGCCACGUCUGGGCCCCUCCGGACCGAGACCCGAGUCGGACGCGGAACAAAACCCGGAGCAGGCCCGGAACAAUAUCCGAACGAGACCUACGCACAGACACCAGGCUGGACCAAUGCUGGACCCAGUCAUGAAACAUUUUGUUUGGCUUUGGACUCGAACCCCGAGGUGGUCUUGUUUUCCAGAACUCGGAAUGUCUGCAAGCGCUCGUCUACACAGCGUCAUGACACGUGCACCACAACACUGCAGCACCGCGCCACGUGGAGGCUGUGUCUUGUCCGGCAUCAUCGGCCUUUUACUGCAAUGUGUACGUAAAUAUUCUCAGAGCGUGCGGGUACCCCACACAUAAGCACACAGCCUCCUCUGUAGUGACAUCUGUGCACGAAGAGUGGAUACAUUCCAUGUGUGAGAAACGAUUUACAUUUGCCUCUAAAUACAUGGGAUGGCGUUUCAUGGCUUCAGCCCGGCUGAGGAAAGCAGACACGAGCGGGCCUAGGGUUUAGCAAAUAAAUGUGAAAAUAUAACGGGCGGAGUUGUGCGUGGCAUUACAAUGACACAAAGCGCGCAAGCUUCCAGCAUCGGUCCACCUCUAACGGGCUCGCUGGGUCCGGAGAGACUGCAGGAUUAGCGGUGGGCAUUCGUCUUGCAGACAGAUAGAGUAAGCUCAUGGAGAGGAGCAGAGAGGUAAGAGCAAGGAUGAGAAAGGAGGAGCAGAGAUGAGCAAGGAGAAGCAAGCUGGAACAUAAAUAAAUGGCGAGGAGCAAACGGGCAGGAAUGGGCUGAUGAGCAGAAGUGAAAAUAGAUGAGCAUGGAUGAUCUGGGGAGGACCGGGAAUGAGCGGGGAACCAGGGAGGAGCAAAGAGGAGCAGGAGGGAGCAGAGAGGCAGAAGGGAAGAAGGAAAGACAAGGAGUGAUCUCAUUCCGGGGGAACCAGAAGGUAAGAAACGAGGAGCAGGGAAGAGAGAGAGCCCUGUUGUGCAAUAUUUGAGAAAUCAAAGUAUUUUUUUUACUCCAUUUUUGUAAGCGACCUUUCGUAUUAUUUUAUACGUGCACGUGUACAUUUCAAGCUGUGUGAGCUGUCAUUGCAACGUUGUACUGUACUGUAAUUGUCAGGGAUUCUAGUUCUCAUUGCGUCCUCAUUCGGCCCGUGACGCGUGGGCUCGCGUGCGCUCCCGAGCACGCGCGGGAUUGCGUCUCGCUGUCCAUUAUGCACGGAUGAAUCACAAAACCAGGCCUCUCCGUGGCUCACGCAAAGUCCUUAUUUACACAUGCAGUCUUUACCACGUGCACUAGCCCAGUGGCUCAUGCACUGCGCACAGAAUACUCGUCUACGAGUCCAUUUAAAACCGCCCUCCGGUUUGUACGGUUUGCGCAACUUACAGCCUACUUCAUUGACUCGCUGUUAUCCAAAAAAAGUGAGCAUCGCAUCUGUUCAACCGAUGUGGAAGUACAGCCAACGAGCGCGGGACUCGGGGCCGCCUGGCCACGGCGCCUGGCGAUUGCGUGUGCCGUGCGCGUCGCCUCGUGCGUGCAGCGAGAGGGGCUUAACGAACGACGCGUGUCAACCACCCGGAGCAGAAUGAAGCCGGUCCGGACAGAAUAUCCGAAACGCCGCCUUCACCCUGGCUGACCCAAACGCACUUGUCGCUCUAUGUAUGAAUUUAUGUGGCGUGUGUACCCAUGCGUAAACUCUUGUGUCCGUGUGUGUGGCUUUGUGGUAAAUACAGUUUUUUGUCAACAAGUGCAAUCCAAUUCAUUUUUUUUUCUUCUCAACUGGAGCACCGUCGAUGUGACUUCCAUUUGUGUCCAAGAGAGAGCCCAGUGCGACAGUCUCCUUCCCGGCCCGCUGCGUGUGGCGCAGUUUGGCGUAAGCCUGAGCAGACAUUGCAGUUGCGCCCUCUCCGCAACCGGCGCUCACGAACAACUCCGGUGACCUGUGCACGCUCGUCAUUGAAUUCUGGCCAAACGCCGCACCAUAAGUAAAUCGGAUUUCAAUAUGACCUGGGCAUGCACCUAUGUUGACUCGGCCUAAAAGGGGGGUAGCUAGCAGAGCGUGAGAAAGCGAAUGGCCACAUCGACAUUGCGCUGGCGUCACCACCCCACCGAGGGCCGUUUCCAGAUUUAAUAGGCGCUCGCUAACAACCCUGGCGACGGCGGUCUGUCAGGCUCAGCUGGUGCUCUUUGUACGUGUGUUGCUGUGUGGGUGUGUUGAGAUGUUCUUGCGUCGAGAAUGUACAUUGGGCUUGCUGUUGAAGAUAUACACAAACAUCAUAAAGGUCGCGUUGUGACUUACGAGUGGCUGUUGGCGUGUCGUUCCGUUCGUGCAGAACCAACCUCCCUCCCCGUGUUCAUUACCUAAACUCGCUGUGAGUUAGCCAGGUGGGAGCUCAUUGCAAGGCAUUGUUUUGUUGGCAUGGGCUCUCUGGGAAACCGCGUUGUGAUUAUUAAUGGAAAGUGUUGGUACCGUUCCACGGAGCGAAGGAUGGAGCGUGCCAGAGAGAACGCCCAUUGAGGAGAUGGAGCGAUAAGAUUAGUUCAUGUGCAGGAAUCGAGUGAGUGUUGCAUCACGUGACCGAGACGGAUGACGACGGUUUAGGGAGGCCUGCGGCCAGCAGUGGAUCGACCAUGGCUGAUGAUCACCGUCAACUGCUGGACAUAUUCCGUGUUACCUCUUCACGAUCCGCCCACUCGUCUUCUGAUUCUUCUGGUUUCAGGGUCACGAUUCGAAUUGAACGUCGAUUAUUUUUGAUAACAUUGUGAAUGCAGCAUGUCUAGUGAAUACAUGCAUGAGUAAGUUGGGUUAAGCAAUUAAAGUAUACGAAUGUUCUUGCAAAA